AUGCCUCAACGUCACGAGAGGCUACAGGAAUGCAACAAAGACAUUCACUCAUGCGCUCAGACAUCGAACUGGCGGGGUGCGAUUGUCCUCCUGAAGAAGGCUGCUGCAUAUGCCGAUUUGGUGACGUUCAACUCUGCGAUCAAUGCUUGUGGCAAAGCAGCUUGUUGGCAGCAUGCCCUAUCUUUGCUGAAUCAGCUGGGUGUCAGGAGGUUGCAGCCCAGUCACAUCAGUUACAACACCUCCAUCGAUGCUUGCGCGCGUGCCAGUCGGUGGGAAGAAGCCGUUCACCUGUCUAGGUUGACACUUGGCAGCCAUUCAAUCGCAGAUUCGGCACUCUUUGCCCUGAACACGGCAUUGAGUGCAUGUGCGCGCUCCGCUACGUGGAGAAUGGCCAUCCAUAUGCUAAAGCAGAUCAGGACACAGCUUUUGGAGCCAGACGAGGUUUCUUUCAAGUGGCUUCUAAGUGCCUUCGAAAGGGCGCAGUUCUGGGAAAAAGCCAUGAACAUGGUCACAGAGAAUGGUCUCAGCGAGCUACCUUACAGUGCUGCCAGGACGGAUCAUUGGCCUGCUGUAUUGCGUGUCUUGAGCCAACAACGGAGCAGACGCCUUCAAGUCGCCACAGUUUCUUUGAGUUCGACAACUUCAGCUCUGGCAGAAUCAAUGGAAUGGCAAGAUGCCCUCCACUUCCUGCAAAGUUUCGUGCGGACGGAGGUGCUUCUCUCCACCGCGACCAUGGUGUCCUGGGGUCAAGGAUUCCAAUGGCAAGAAGCGAUCACCUUCCUGCACAGGCUUAGUAAAGAGAAUGCGGACGCCUACACCAUAUCGGCAGCCAUUUUGGCCUGUUCUCAAGCGAAGGCUUGGCAUGCUGUUUUGACCCUGCUUCAACAGGCAAACGCGAUGAUGAUUCCGCUGAACGUCGUCACUUAUGGGGCUGCGGUCUUUUCCUGCGAGUCUAAAUGGGAAGCUGCCUUGCAGGUUUUGCAAGACAUGACCUACAAGGCUAUUGAAGCCAACGUCGUGGUCUACAAUUCAGCUAUGAGCUCAUGUGCGAGUUCAGGGCGGUGGCGGAUCAUAGGCCAAAUCUUGGAGGAGAUGGAAGGAGCUCACAUGCUUUUAGAUGUCGUCUCUUUGAGUAGCCUGAUGCACGCCUGUGUAAUGGGCAAGGAAUGGCGGCUGGCUCUGCACGUUUUGCAGAGUUUUCCAGGUCGAAGUUUACAAGCGACAGAAGUGACCUUUGGCACGGCCAUCAGCGCCUGCGAAGAUGAGGGUCAGUGGCCUUUGGCUUUCCAUUUUCUCCAGGAACAGCGGGAAGCAAAGCUUCGCCUAUCAGUCAUCCACUUCAACUCCGCCAUCAGUGCAUGCGAGAAAGGCCUGGCUUGGGAGCAAGGAAUGGAAGCAUUGCGAGCAGUCCUCGAACAUUCCCUUCAAGCAGACUUGGUCACCCAUAGCUCUUCAAUUCGUUUGUGCGAGCAUGCAGACCAGUGGGAAGAAACUUUACAAUUUCUGCGGACCAUGCAGGGUGCAGAGGUGCAUUCCAAUCAAGCUAAACUGGACGCUGCUCGCGCAUGCGCGGCAUGUGGGCAACAAGAAAUAGCUAUGGUGCUGGCCAUGCAGAUGUGUGGGCCUGUGGGCCCUUUGUGGUGUUUGUCUCAAAUCUAUGGCUCCGACCCAUGGCAUUUAAGCGCUGCUUUGCUUCCUGUGCUGCGGCUAGAAGGUCUUCUCAACAUGCAGGAGACUCUUCAGCUUUGCAGCGCAUCGCUCGUACUCGGCAUUGAUUGCAAGCCCCUGUCCAAGAGAUUGGAAAAGAGCGUAAGGAGAGUCUUGCCUCAGAUGUCACUUCAGCAACUGCAAGUCGCCGCUGCACUGGGUUGGACAUCUGCCACUAUCCUACCAGCCAUCCAAGAAUGUUGCCUUGCACGAUUGAAGACAGGAGAUGUUGGAGUGUUUGAAGAGGCCGCUGAGAGCGUGUUGGGAGUGCUGUGGGUGUCUAGAGUUUUGAACUGCACCUCCAGGCGCAUGGUGGCAAUUGUUCGGUCUUGGCUAAAAAUUGCUGCAGCUCCAGUUCCAAGGGAAUUGCCAUUGAGGAGGCGCCCUUUGCCCCUUGAGAGGUCAGAGUUGAUUAUUCAAGACCUCCCUGAUCGAGCGGUCCUUUUGAAGCCACCAGGAUGGGAUGUCUACGACCAAUGUGUGGAAGAAAAGCAGCUGUGCAACAUCGCUUCGGAUGCCUUUGGGCCUUGGCCCAUUUUCAGCGACUCCAAACAUCGUCGGGGUUUUCUGCACCGCCUGGAUGUGCCCAGCUCGGGUUUGGUGGUUGUGGCCAAAACCUUUGAAGCUUUCUAUGAUCUGCAAGUGCAGCUUUGCACAGAUAUGUCGCGGAGAUAUGUGGCGAUGGCUCAUGGCUGGCUACGGCCACGCUGCCACGAGGCCAGCCUGUUUUGGUGGGGGAAUGGACCCACUGUGGCAGGUGGUCGUGGGAAAGCUAGCUGCACGAAAGUGAUGGCCACCCUACCUUUGAUUCAUUUCACCACCAUGAUGGCAUUUUCAUUGGUUCACCUGGAGAUCUUGACUGGGAGACGGCACCAGAUACGAAGCCAUUUGAGCCACAGCGGACAUCCAACUGUUUCAGAUGGCCUUUAUGCGUCUGCAACGGUAUAUAAGGCAGACCUGAAUAUUAGCCCUCGUAAUUGGCUCCACCGGUAUGCAUUGAGUUUCUACGAUCGCCAUGGGCGAGUCAUCAAGCCACAGGCUCCGUUGCCUUCGGAUUUGCAAGAGGCACUCCAACAGAUGACCUUUCUAAAGAGUUCUGGGAGCGAAGUGGAUAAGUGGUUUCAGGACCUUUGA